AUGACGUACCAGCAUCUUCCAGGUAUGCCGGUGGAUCCUCCAGGCUACAUAGAUGACCAUGGAGGAUCGGCAAAUACACAGGAGGUUUCGGCGUCGAUUUUCGAGCAGUUUGAAAUAGAAGACGAAGCGGUGGAGCGUGACAGUUUUAUGGUACGAGCGUCUUUAAUGACAAAGAAAUUUGUUUAUGGCUUCAGUUCUCGUGUGGUUCAUCCUGUAUCACGGCUCAUUGACCCGAUGUACGAACUUUAUAAGUUUUUGUAUUCGAAAUACGAGGUUUCCGUUCAAAAAAUAGGUAACCCUUUGGUGGUCAAUCGGCUAUUAUAUGUGUUUUCCAUCAUGAUAAUUAUGUUUUUCGUGUCACGAUAUAGUUCUCGUGACGGUGUGAAUGGCUCUAGUGGCGGGGCUUUUUCUCAAAAUGAACUUUUCGACAGAGUUAUGCUUGGCGACUCCAUCAAGUCCAAAAUCAAUACCGCUUCAAUGAAGGAAAAUUUGGAGUAUCUCUCGUCAAUGCCCCACAUUGCCGGCACCCGGGGUGAUCUCGCGUUGGCCCGCUACGUUGAGUCGCUUAUGAACAGCAACGGCUUGCGCCAUGUUCUGCUUGAAGAACUUCAGGCUUCCAUUAACUAUCCUCAACAUGACCCCAAGAAGACCUACGUGAGCCUUGGAGAUGGUUCGUGGUCCGCUACUCUUAACGAACUUCACAAUAACGAUAUGCAUUAUCUCGCCUAUAACCCCAAUAGUUUGGCAACUAACGACCCUCAAGAAGGCACUUACUAUUAUGCAAACUACGGUACUCCAAGUGACUUUGAAAAGCUUCAAGCUAACGACAUACAGAUCAAGGACUCCAUCUUGCUCAUACGCUACGGCGGAGACUUUCCAGAAGCCAACAAGGUCCAGUUGGCACACGAGCACGGCGUGAGGGCCGUCGUAUUUAUCACUCCUCAAUUCGAGCUCGGAAAAAAGGGAAAUGCAGAAAAAGUUGACGAUGUGAUUCAGCGACAAGGUGUUGGACGCGCUCGUGUCAGUCCUGGAGAUGUUCUUACUCCGGGGUGGUCGUCUCAAGAUGGGUUUGUCACCCGCUUACCGUGGUUCAAAUCAGAAACCACUCCCAAAAUACCCACUAUUCCCAUCUCGUAUCUGGAUGGAGAGAAACUACUUGCACGGUUGGAGAAAAGCGGUGCUUCCUUUGGCGAUUAUCAUUCUGGGGUUCAAUCUACAGCUUCAGAUCGUCUGCUUCGUGUUCUGGUCGGUGACAAUGAGUGGAUGAUUCACCAGAUUUGGAACGUUGUAGGUUCCAUUGAAGGUCGCGAACAGAGUCAGCAAGCGAUCAUCAUUGGAGCGGGCCGUGACGCUGGCUGUUUUGGAACGAUGGGUGCUAAUACUGGCACUGUAGUAUUGAUUGAAAUGAUGAAGGUUUUCACUGCUUUGCAAAGACAGUGGUCGUGGUCGCCUCUGCGGCUGAUACACUUUGUGCUGUUUGAUGCUACAAACUACAAUUUAGCAGGCUCCACAGAAUGGGUGGAAAGCACCAAGGAACUGUUGAUGAAGCAAGGGUACACCUAUAUUGAUCUUAGUGAUGCCAUAGCUGGGAAUGAUUUGCAGGUACAAUCGCACCCAUUUUUGUCAGACGUUAUCAAUCAAGCAUUGAGUAAAGUGAAGCAACUGGAUAAAAAGUCCUUGCUAGAGGUUUACAGGAGCAAACAUGGCGAUAAGUUUCCAUAUGAGAUGUUAAGGUUGCGCAAUUACUUGCCGUUCAUCAACUUUGUCAACAUGCCAGCGAUUGAAAUUCGGUUUACAGGUUACAAAUACCCCGAGAAUUCAUGCUACGACAGCUUUGAAAGGUUUGAGUCGGCAGAGAUAGACCCUAAGAUGGAGAAACAUGCACAGUUGGUGGAAGUUCUUUCACUCGUGGCGCUUGAACUUGCAGAGUCUCCUAUCAUACCAUUCAAUUUCCUCAAUCUUGUGGCUCGAGUAGAGGAUUACAAGAAAGAUAUGGAAAGGUACAUUAACGAGAUGAUAGAGGCAGGAAGUAAAAAGGCGAGACCAACGAUCCAUUACGAAGGACUUGCAAAUUCCAUUAAUAUAUUGGAAUCCGCCGCACGAGCUAUCCACAAGUGGUACGAGGCUUGGGCUAACUACUUGCAAGAAAGUGCUGAUAUGGAGCCAAGUAUGCUUGCCUUGAAUCGAUGGAAGUGGAAUGAAAAUCUCAUCAGAUUUAACGAGUAUUUCAUUCAGCGUCAAACCAAACCAAAGCGAGCAGGUUACCGCAACGUUCUAUUUGGUGUGUCUUAUGCAGCACCAGUGGAAGCACAGAAAGAUCAUAGUUGGAAUUCGUUUCCUCAAGUACGGGACAACGCUUAUUCACAGCAAUAUGGAGAGGUCCAGAAAGAGAUCGAUAACUUGGCAAAUGCAAUAGCAUAUGCAGCAGAACAGGUUACGAGAAUUCAAUAG